AUGAAGCCCUCCUGGCUGUGCAUGAUCUCCCUGCUGUGGCUGAGGGGCCAUCGGUGUGCGCCCAGCAGGCAGGAGGAGAUGGAGCCCCAGGAGAACCUGAAGGUACUCUCUGAAGUUGGAGAGAAGUAUAUAGAUGAAGAGGUAAAGAAAGCUUUGAUUGGUAUUAAGCAGAUGAAAAUUCUGAUGGGAAGAAAUGAAGAUAAGCAUGCAGAUCUAAUGAAAACUUUGAAGAAGAGCAGUGAAGAAAAACAGCAAGCCUUGCAACUCAUGGAUGAAGUAAAGGAGAGAUUAGAAGAAGAAGAAAGACAAUGUCAAGUAUCCUUGAAACAUUUAUGGGAUGAAUGUGAAUCUUGCUUAGAAAGUGCCUGCAUGAGAUAUUACACAACUUGCAGACGUGGGUUGUCAACAUUUAGAAGAAAGGUUGAAGAUUUUUUGAGGAAAAUACCUCCAUUCAUUCCUACUUUUCAUGAGGAUGAAGGAAAAGACAUCCAGUUUAAUGGAAAGCCUGAGAAAGAGGAUAUCCAGCUAGUAAAAAUGGAAGAUUUAUUUAGCCAACUUUUAUUGGACAUGGGCUCAAUAUUUGACAGAAGUUUCAUUUUUUUCAAGCAGAUGCAAAAAGAGUUUGACCAGUCCUUUCAGACCUAUUUCAUGUCUGAUCUGGACUUGAAUGAGUCCACCAGAAUGCCAGUUUUACUUGAAGACCUCACCAGAAAGGAGGACUCACACAAAGGCUGGGGUGUACCUGGCUUCUUACAGACAGUUUUUGAUUUCAGCAGGCCAGUGUUUGAAAGUGUGGGUGAGGCCAUUACUGAAGCAUUUGACGAAUACAGAGACAACAGAAGAGAUGUGCCAGAACAAGACAGAGAUCCUGACAGAAGGGGCAUGUUCUCAAAAAUUGUGUCAGGGCACCAGAGGCCUCCGUGCAGGGAGCUUCGGGAGAACUCCUCCGGAUGCCCACAGUUCCAUGAGAGGUGCCAGAAAUGUCAAGACAAUCUUUUGCAUGAUUGCCCAAACGUUCCUGAGCUGCACAUAAAGUUUGAUGAAGCCUUUAAACUGGUUAACCUCUCUGGGGAGCAGUACAAGCAGAUCCUCCAGGUGGUUCAGCGUCACACAGAAGACACCUCCUACUUGUUGAACAAAAUGAAAGAGAGAUUUGGGUGGGUGUCUGAGUUGUCCAACAUGACCAUCGAGCCAGAAAACAUUUUCAACAUCGUGAAGGUGGUACCUAGUGACUCCUCCAGUAAAAACGAGACUGUGGUAGAUGUGAAUGUUCUGACUUCCCCUACCUUCACCAUCAAAGUCCCCCCCAACUUGGACCCAAAGAGCCCCGAGUUCAUCGAGUACAUAGCUGCACAAGCACUGCGACUAUACAAGCAGAAUUUUUAA